CACAUCCAUCAGUCAGUGCAAUAUGUACACGAAAGGUCCGUCCACCCACACCCACAUAAUUAAGCGCCUCGCCCGAAUAUGCCAGCCGCUGUACAUCCAUCCAUCCAUCCAUGUUCAUGACCCUUCCCCAUCGUCCGUCAUCUUCUGGAAUCUCCCCUGCACCCAAAUCCGGCCAUACUCCCGACCCUUGGCACGGUUCACCAGCUGCAAUCAAAUGACAGACAGGACAAUGCACGCAUACUCCUUGUGCCUGGCCCCCCUCCACCAACCUUGCGUGCAGUGUAUUUCGUGUCGAUUGGCCGCAGUCCCGCUGCCUGGCACAGCUGCCGCAGCUCGUCUAGCGUGAAGAAGUAGGCCAACGUGCCAUCGCUCCUCUGGUGACGACAGACACACCCGUCACGCCACAUAUCAAGGUUGACAAGUCAGCUCGUCAGCGACGGUUGCCCCUAUACCUUAUAUAGACGGCCAUCGAGAUGUCCGCCUCUCGCCGCUAAGCCAAACUGAGCUGAGUCCAGGAAACCAUAGUCACGCACAAGCACGCGGCCCUGCACAACAAACACACGGCCAAAUCAUGCAGGGAAGACACAGGCAGUGAUCUCUCACGUUUGGUUUUAACACGCGACCGACGUUCCUCAGCAGCGAUGCCAUCUCCUCUGGCCGCAGAGCACUCAGCACGAAGAUGAGGGUCACGACAUCGAACCGCCGAUUGUCUGUCCAUGGCCACGGAUCUGUGCAGACAGCCAGCCAGCCAGCCAGCCAGCCAGCAGGAGGACUGUGCGUAUCGCUCAGCUACACAUCUAUGUGUUGCAGGUACCUGAGUCUUGCGCGGGAUCACCCACAAAGGCCUCGCACCGGGAGGAGUUGAAGUCAGGGUGGCAGCGCAGAGCUGCAAUGGCAGUCUGAGAGAUGUCCACUGCAGUCACGUGAAGCGACUCAUGCGCCUGAUGGAUAUAGGUAAAUGGACGAAUGGAUCCAAGCAGACAUGUUUCCACUGCAUGCUUCAGUACCUUCAACAUGGGCAGGACGGCCGAUCCCGUCCCGCAUCCCACUUCCAGCAGCUCUAUUGGCUCGUCAGAGCACAGCUCAGGGAACUCCUGACUGAGGUAGUGCCGAAAGGGAAAGAACCGCGUCGAGUGCCGACGAUGAAAAGCCUCCCAAGGCGACUCAUCCACGAUGACUCCUCGCCCUUUCCUUCGCUUGUGCUUGACGGGCACUCUCUUGUCAGCAUGUUGCAGCUCCUCCACCAGAAGCGGCAGCUCGUCAAGGAAGUCUUCUUGGGUGUAGGGCAGCACGAAGGGCCCGGCACCCGACGCGUUAGCUGCAAUCGUUGUCCACUUCUCGUGCGCGACCAACGCUGAAUGUUCUGCUGCAUCAUAGCUUAGUGGGUCUGCUUGCUGCUGCUCCUGCUGCUGCCUCCCUGGAUCUUGCUGAAAGGGCAUCGGAUGCUGUGACACGGUGACGGAUCUUGCUGGUCUGUCACGUGGAGGCGCGUUGUGCGGCAUGACGGAUGACGAAGGGCUGAAUACCAAGGCUCUCGCUGAAGAUAGCAAGCUGGAUGGCAGGACCAGGAAGGUCGUCAGCAUUCCGACGUCAAGCGAGCAUCAUGAUGCUGCCGCUUCCUAUUCUGCGGUGCUUGCGAGUCGGACUCGUCAGCUCUCAUCAAAGAAGUCAUCAGAGUUCAUCUGCUCAGCU